CUUUUUCCUCUAUUAUUGUUAAUAUACCUAGUUUCCUGUCUGGAGGUAUUGAUGAUCUGCUGCUGCUAGACACGGAAACCCGUUAAGUGAAAGCUUCUCCUAUUCCGCCCACAGCCAUUUGAACCAUUUGGUCCAGGUCAUUCAAGGUCGUAGAGGCAGAUUUAAUCUAAACCUGAGCUCUUGGGUUCAUGGUGCAUCAAAACCCUGUUUUGCAAUUCUUCCUGUUUGUGUGCACUUUAUAUGUCUCAUCAUCAUCAUCUAUACCGUGGCCACCAAAAGAAAACUAUUUUGAUCAGACUUUGGAUCACUAUAAUUUUCAAGCAAGAAACUUGACUUUCAAACAGCGUUAUCUGUAUGAAGAUAAAUGGUUCAAACCAAAUGGACCCAUCUUCUUUUAUUGUGGAAACGAAGGAGGAAUCGAUGGGUUUUGGAACAAUACAGGGCUAAUAUUCGAAUUAGCACCUAGUUUUAAUGCUUUCGUCCUGUUUGCUGAACAUAGAUACUAUGGGAAAAGUCUCCCAUUUGAUAAAAGCUUCCAACAGCCAUAUAUUCAAUACCUUUCAGUUGACCAAGCGUUAGCAGAUUAUGCUUACUUAAUUGAAGGUAUCAAAAGUAAAUUCAAUAUAAGUAGAUCCCUUGUUGUUGCAUUUGGUGGAAGCUAUGGAGGCAUGCUUGCAGCGUAUAUGAGGGCUAAAUAUCCCCAUAUAAUUAAAGGUGCUUUAGCUGCAAGUGCACCAGUUAGAUGGGUUGCAGGUGAGGGGAAUUUUCACGACUUUUUUGAACGUGUCACUAAGGACUACCAUGAUGCUGAUCCAAAAUGUUCAGAGAAGAUUAAAAACGCCUUUAAUUUAGCUGUUCAGCUAUCUCAGAAACCUGAUAUCGGUUACAAACAACUCUCUAAUGACCUACGGUUAUGUAAACCUGUCCAAAAUGAUUUCGAAUUUUACUGGGUACUGAAAUGGGCUCGCAAUGCAUUUGUUAUGAUGGCUAUGUUAGAUUAUCCCUACAAGGCAUCAUUUAUGGCAAGUCUACCUGCUAAUCCUGUAAAUGUCUCGUGCAAAAUUGCGUUAUCAGUCGCUGAUCUCAUUCCGACCCUUCGUGAGGCUGUUGGAGUUUUCUACAACAGUUCACAAUCUCUCUCGUGUUUCGACUAUAAAACACAGUUUAUUGAGUGCGCUGAUAUAACAGGAUGUGGUCUAGGCAGUGAUUCACUUGCUUGGGAUUUUCAGAGUUGUACAGAGAUGAAUUUACACGAUGACUCAGAUAGUACUACAAAUGAUAUGUUCACCUCUUUACCUCUAACAAAACAACAAGUAACAAGUUAUUGCCAACGAAGGUGGGGUGUUACACCAGCAUUUAAUCAAUUGUCAACAUUUUAUGGUGAUAAUAUUUGGAAAACUUCAAGCAAUAUCAUAUUUUCAAAUGGGAAUUUGGAUCCAUGGAUGGGUGGUGGAAUUUUAACUGAUCAAUCAGAGAAAGUCAUCUCCUUGGUACUAGAUGGUGGAGCUCAUCAUCUUGAUUUAAGAUCACCAGAUCCAAACGACCCGCCAUCAGCACGUCAAGUUCGUCAAAUUGAGGUACAAACAAUUCGUUCAUGGCUUGAUUUAUGAAACUUCUAAAUAUUCUUACUACACUUUGUAAUCUUUUUCUUUCUUUCUAAGUGAAUCAUAUUCUUCAUUCUGUUCAUUACUAUUUUUAUCUUCCCAAGGAAAUAUCAUCAUUAUCUUGUGAUUAUAAUUACUAAAUUUUUCUGAUUUGUACCCAGUGCCCCUAGAUUAUUGAAUAUUAAAUAAAAAUUAUUUUAUUAUUGUG